AUGUAUGUGCCGGUCUUUCAAGGACAGGUGGCGCCGCAGCCGAUGUUGUUACCCUCCAAAUCACACAUGAGGUCUAUUUCAUGUCAGGUCACAACUAUCGAAGAAUCAUCUGAGGAGGAAGAUGUAAAAGAUAAGAAGAAAACCCAUGACAGGCUGGAAAAGCCUGGCUAUGAUGCAAAGUCAUCUCGGUCGGACAGUCUGAAACGCCGGGAGGGUAAAGAUGAUAUAAAAUCUUCAAAAAAUGUGAAACGGGACAACAAAGUCAACACAGAUGAUGGAGGGGAGUUAAAGCGUUCGUCUUCUGUGAAAGUGAAAAAUGAUAAGUCUAAAGCAGUAGCAGAAGUGAAACUUAAAACAAGUGAUGCAAACAAGGGCAAGGAGAAAGGUGAGAAAACUUCAUUAUUUGCAAAGCUAUUCAGCCGCAAGAAAAAACACAAAGACAAGGAUAAAGCUCUGAUGCCUCCUCCACCUCCACCCCCUCCACGAGUCCUAGUAGCGACACCCAGCUCUGAUACAGUCAGCGAGGGAAAGGGAGAGAAAGAAUAUGGAACAUUUUCAGCACAGUUCCCUCCCCCUGAGUGGGUGUGGUACCAUCAGCAGUUGGAGAAGCAAAAACGAAUCGAGACCUGGGUUUGCCAGCAAAGCACUAAAGUUGUCAGUCAUACACAGUCGGUCAAGGUCACAUCUCGACCACCAACAGGGAUCAGACAAGUGGCUUCAGUAGAAUACCACCAGCAUGGCACAGAGAAAGCUCUCAGACCUGCCAACCCGGAGGUGUUAGACUACAUAGCGGCCAUGAACUCAGCGGGUGGCCAUAAAGAUGGCAUGACCUCAACUAGUGAAGUUGUUCGCCAAGUGACUAGUGGAGAUUUUGCGAAACCGCACCCACUUAGACCUGAUAGGUUUUAUCACAGUUUGCGCAACCCACCAGGGGUUAAACACCAUAUGCAUCAUCGAAAGUCUCGGGAAUUUGAACAUUUACAUGAAGACAGGAAACAGUCCGAAUACGCUGUCAUCGACCAGGACGAUGCCAGCACACUUCAUGAAUCAAAUGUUAUACGGUCAGUUUCAGCUUUGUCGCCGGUGGCACAUAUUAGCGACGAAAGCACAUAUACUAAGUUGAUUGAGCCAAAGUCGGGACCUCUUCAUUCAACACCACGCUACGAAGAACAAACUGAGCGGGCAACACACAGAACUGAUGGCCUGGAAUCAAAGGAUAAGAUUUAUGGGCCAUCAGAUUAUUCUCAGAGAAGGAAGUCCCACAGAACACGAAGGCGACCUCAUAGAAUGUACAGUUAUUAUGAUGGUAAUGGGGAUGAUAUCAGUUAUGAGUACAAGGGUCGACUUCCAAAUAAGAACUCGUCUCGUACUCACUCUAAAGAUAGCGGUGUCAACUGUGUGGGGCUGGCCAUGCCAGAAAGCAAAGACAAAAGACAAGCUGGUGCUGUGUAUGAGACGGCGUCCUGUAAAAAUGUAGCACGGGUUUAUCAUGGUAGACAUCAUCCAAGCAGUCAGCCUCAAACAGCAGGCAACCACGUUCACUUCAUGAUCAACAGUACCACUGCCAGCGAAGCCACAAAUGCCAAUGUUUUCAGUGCUGCUGAUUCUGCCACUAAUUCCUUAAUAUAUCAAAGUGACAUGACAAACCCAGCUUACAACUCUGUGGUUUACUGUAGUAGCAUCACAGAUGCCCCUCUUGGGUCCUCAGUUGUCUACCAUACAAUCACAAACUCCAACCUGGAGUCCACUGAAAUGCAUUUACACCAUAACUCUUUACAGAGUGCCUUUUAUUCUGAAACCGGCAUGGAUCUAAUAUCACUAAAUGCAAUGGCGUGCAAAUCGGAAAUUGACCGUAUAGCUUCUCAGGAUGUGGUAGAGCUUCAUAGUGCUAUUGAUACUGUUGUUGUCGGUUCAGUUGCAGAAGAUGCAUCGGGUGUUUCAGAACAGGUUAUAUCAAAAGAUAUGCAGGAAGCAACCUCAAAUACCAAUGUAGGAGACUGUAAAUAUGAAGAUGGGAAACAGUCUUUGGUUAGCAGUAAUUCUAAAAAAAAAUUUGGUGAGUAUAAUGAUCAGAUUGUUUCUGCUGCAGAAACUGCUCUGGAUUCAGAAAAUAAGCAUGAUCAGGAAGGUGCCCGCCCUGGUGCUUGCAGUGGUAGUGAUGCAAACACUCAAGCACACACACAGGCUGCUCUUUCAGGUCAGCAUGCUGACAUUGUCAGUGAUAAAUUUUGUUUUAGACAGUGGCUGAAUCAAAAUGUGGCUGCCCUCUACCACACUGCAGCAAGGAUUGUUCCUCAUCCUGACGCCUACAACAACAACACAGCCAGCAUCAUGUACAUAGAGCAGAAACACCGUGUUGGUAUGCCACUGCCAGGGCAUAUACUUGCCCAGCCAGGGCAUCAGCUCGCCCAGCAGAGGCCACAACAUAAACAUCCGAAACGGGAGAGACCUCAUUCAGUUGACCUGUGGAAGUCCAGCACACCUUCAGAGCUGCACAAAUUUGAAGAGGAACAGCUGUCCAAGAAAUAUGGAGAAUUUGAAGUCAUGGGUGUGUUAUAA